GUGAUAAACUGUUUUCGUCUAUAAUAACUUGUGCAUUAGUCCGUCCCAUAUAACCCCGCACUGGUGGUACUCAAGGGCUGGCCCAUUUCGUAAUAUGCGAUAAUGUACGGAACGCGGACAUGUAAGCAACACAACCCCCUCAAAGCCAGCUUCCUUGGCUUGCCGGCCGAGCACCGCAAUCCAAUCUACCCUCUCGUUCUAGCGCAACCGGAACGAGUCAUACCCAUGUUCCGAGGCUACGACAAGUCACACAAUCUGUACUCGAGCGAGAAGAUAUCGCUCGACUCACUAUGAUCAAGCACCGUUGCGACAGCCUCGUCUCCAUUACUACGGCUGUAAAAAGAAUCAGUGACUUGAGAUAUGAUAUGUUUGCCUGAAGGAAAGCUGGGGACGGCGGCAGCCCGUAGUCUUGAGUCUG